AUGGAGGCCCUUCUCCAGCAGUCUCGGGCCAUGUGUCCGUUUCUCAAGCGCAGCUCACCGAACACCCUUCGUUCGUUGGCUACCGCUACCCGUCCCAGCACCAGCCCUGGCGGUGGUACUAUGACCAAUUUGCAGAGAAUCGCUCGCCGCUGCCCGGUCAUGAGCAAGGCGCUCGCUGUCCAGAGUGCCCGCAUGACUGGCACCAAGCGAUUUACUUCCUCUGCGGCUGGUGUACCUGGCGCUGGAGCUGGUACCCCCAAGCCCACCCGGGGUUCGCCGGGAAAGAGGGCGCUGCACUCGACUGGAGGAAACGGCGCCAAUAUGAGCACUGAGUUUCACAAGGGAGCCCAGCAGAUUCACCCUGGCCUUUCCAACGCCACCCGUUCUCACGUCGGGGCCUCAGCAACCGUUUCCGGUCCUACUCCUCGUGCCCCCGUGGCUGCGCCAUUCGACUACGACGCCUUCUACAAUGCAGAACUGCAGAAGAAGCACCAGGACAAGUCGUAUCGUUACUUUAACAACAUCAACCGUCUCGCUCAGGAAUUCCCCCGCGCUCAUACGGCUUCGAAGGAUGAGAAAGUGACCGUCUGGUGCUCGAACGACUACCUCGGCAUGGGACGUAAUCCUGAAGUUCUCGCGACCAUGCAUAAGACCCUCGAUACGUACGGAGCCGGCGCGGGAGGAACUCGUAACAUUUCCGGGCACAAUCAACAUGCCGUCUCGCUGGAGAAUACUCUGGCCAAACUCCAUGGUAAAGAAGCUGCGCUGGUUUUCAGCUCGUGCUUUGUAGCCAACGACGCUACUUUGGCUACUCUCGGCAGCAAGAUGCCUGACUGCGUCAUUUUGUCGGACUCGCUCAACCACGCAUCGAUGAUCCAGGGUAUCCGCCAUUCUGGCGCGAAGAAAAUGGUCUUCAAGCACAACGAUUUGGUCGACCUCGAGACGAAGCUCGCAUCUCUUCCUCUGCAUGUUCCAAAGAUCAUUGCCUUCGAAUCGGUGUACAGUAUGUGUGGCUCUAUUGCUCCGAUCGAGGCGAUUUGUGAUUUGGCGGACAAGUACGGAGCCAUUACUUUCCUAGACGAGGUUCACGCCGUGGGAAUGUACGGACCGCACGGUGCUGGAGUUGCCGAGCAUCUUGACUACGAGAUCUAUGCUUCGCAGGACACCGCAAACCCUCUCAGCACCAAAGGCACUGUCAUGGACCGGAUCAACAUCAUUACCGGUACUCUUGGUAAAGCGUACGGAUGCGUCGGUGGUUACAUUGCUGGCUCUGCCGCUUUAGUUGACACCAUCCGCUCCCUCGCCCCUGGGUUUAUUUUCACCACUUCCCUUCCUCCAGCAACCAUGGCCGGUGCGGAUACUGCAAUCCGGUAUCAGGCACGCCACCAGCAGGACCGUAUCCUGCAGCAGUUGCACACUCGGGCUGUUAAGCAAUCAUUCAAGGAUUUAGAUAUCCCCGUCAUCCCUAACCCCUCUCACAUCGUCCCUCUUCUCGUCGGUGAUGCCGAGCUCGCCAAGCAGGCCUCGGACAAGCUCCUUGAAGAGCACGGCAUCUACGUUCAAGCAAUUAACUACCCCACCGUGCCACGCGGUGAAGAGCGCCUCCGGAUUACCCCCACCCCUGGUCACACGCAAGAGCUUCGUGACCACCUUGUCGAAGCAGUCAACACUGUCUGGAACGACCUCGGCAUCAAGCGCGCAAGCGACUGGAAGGCAAUGGGCGGAUUCGUCGGUGUUGGCGUGGAAGCUGCCGAGCUCGAGAAUCAACCCAUCUGGACCGACGCCCAGUUGAAUAUGCGACCUGAUGAAACCCUCGAGGCUGCAGUUGAACGCGAGUUUCAGGCCGCGGUUCCUGGCAUGAAAGCCGGGGGUGCAAAGGCGAAGCCCGUCGGCUCAAUCGCGGCCAACCCUAUCGGUGCCUCAAUCCCAGUCGCGGCUGCUGCUUAA